AUGAUUAAAGAUAACAACGAAAUUAUUCCACUAAUGGACAAGAAGGGAAAUUCAUCUGCUACCCCUGCUUCAAACCAGCAAACUGAAGGGACUCCCACAAAGAAAAGUUCACACUUUUUUCUAGAGAUUGAUGGUUAUGAAAGUAAUGUAACUCCAAAUAACGUAUCUCCUCCUGUGUUUUCAAAACCUAUGGAUUCAAAUAUACGUCCAUGUGCAUCUGGAAAUGGAGAUGAUGUGGAUUCCCCACAGUCUCUUCAGGAUGAUGUGACUGAAUAUAGCCCCAAUGUGGAGAGUUGUGCUAACAUAUCGCAAGGACCUGAGCAGACUAGAGCCCGGAAGCAUUUGAAAGCAUACAUAUUUAGGGCAGUAUCUGAGGGGAAUUUAGAAGAACUGCAAUGCCUGCUUGCAGAGCUGAAGGAAAGAUUGAACUCGUGUACACACAUGACUGCGCCAGAUUAUCUGAUGAAAAAAUUCACAGCUUCAGAUACUGGCAAAACUUGUUUGAUGAAAGCUCUGCUGAACAUCAGCCAAAACACAAAUGAGGUAGUAAAUACGCUACUGUCCUUUGCAGAAGAAAAUGGUAUUUUGGAGAGGUUCAUCAAUGCAGCAUACACAGAAGAUAAUUAUAAAGGUCAGACAGCUCUAAGUAUCGCCAUUGAAAGAAGACAAUCUGAAAUCACUCAGAUCCUUAUAGAAAAAGGAGCUGAUGUCAAUGCUCAUGCCCAAGGUGUUUUCUUUAAUCCCAAACAUAAACAUGAAGGUUUUUAUUUUGGUGAAACUGCCCUGGCAUUAGCUGCAUGUACCAACCAACCUGACAUAAUUCAGCUAUUAAUGGACAACAGCAGGACUAACAUUGCUUCUCAGGAUUCCAGAGGAAACAAUAUCCUGCAUGCACUGGUUACUGUGGCAGAAGACUCUAAAACCCAGAAUGACUUUGUAAUCAGAAUGUAUGAUAUGAUUUUACUGAAAAGUAAAAAUAGAAAUUUGGAAACAGCGAAGAAUAAGGAGGGUUUGACACCACUACAGUUAGCUGCAAAAACUGGGAAACUGGAGAUCCUGAAAUACAUCCUCAGCAGAGAGAUAAAAGACAAGCCGAACAGGAGCCUGUCAAGAAAAUUCACAGACUGGGCUUAUGGUCCUGUUCAGUCUUCCCUUUACGAUCUGACAGAACUAGAUACCACCACAGACAAUUCAGUACUGGAAAUCAUAGUCUAUAAUACAGAUAUUGGUAAUCGUCAUGAAAUGCUGACUUUGGAGCCUCUGAAUUCCCUUCUGAGAAUGAAAUGGAAGAAGUUUGCACGACGGAUGUUUUUCAUGUCAUGUUGCUUUUAUUUUCUGUACAAUGUAACACUAACAUUAGUUUCCUACCACAGGCCUAGUGAAGAUGCAGCUCCACCUUAUCCACUAGCACGAACACGUGGCGUGGGAUGGCUGCAGCUAUCGGGACAGGUGAUGGUUAUGUUAGGAGCGGUAUUUUUAGCCAUAAAAGAGAGUAUAACCAUCUUUCUGCUCAGGCCUUCAGAUCUGCAAUCCAUUCUCUCCGAUGCCUGGUUCCACUUUGCAUUUUUUAUACAAGCUAUGCUUGUCAUCUUCUCUGUCUUUUUGUACUUGUUUUCCUACAAAGAACACCUUGUGUGUCUUGUUUUGGCAAUGGCCCUAGGAUGGGCCAACAUGCUCUAUUUCACCAGAGGUUUCCAGUCCAUGGGAAUUUACAGUGUUAUGAUUCAAAAGGUCAUCCUUCAAGAUGUGAUUAAGUUUUUAGUUGUCUAUAUCGUGUUUUUGCUGGGAUUUGGCGUAGCUCUUGCUGCUUUGAUUGAGACUUGCCCAGAUGGUGGGGAAUGCCAUUCCAACAGUCUGGGCCCUGUUCUGAUGGAUCUUUUCAAGCUCACCUUGGGACUGGGAGAUCUCGAGAUCCAAGAGAAUUCCAAGUAUCCAGUGCUGUUUCUUCUUCUUCUCAUAACUUACGUUGUGUUGACUUUUGUUCUUCUCUUGAACAUGCUUAUUGCAUUAAUGGGAGAGACUGUGGAAGAUAUUUCUAAGGAGAGUGAGCACAUUUGGAAACUGCAGAGAGCUAGAACCAUUUUGGAAUUUGAAAAAUUCUUACCACGAUUUUUGAGGAAAAAAUUCCAACUGGGAGAACGGUGUAAAGUGGCUGAAAAUGACAGCAGGGUGUGCUUAAGAAUUAACGAAGUGAAAUGGACCGAGUGGAAAACACAUGUUUCAUUUAUUAAUGAAGAUCCAGGGCCAACAGAUCCAAGUAAAGAUCAAGAUAAUUCAAGAACUAAUAGCAAAAACACCCUGAAUACAUUUGACGAAAUGGAUGAUUUGCCUGAAACUUCUGUUUAG